AUGUCGGUGCGGCUGUUCUCGCUGCUCCAUGUGUUCCUUCUGCUCGAUGGGGCGAAUCCGAUCUAUGCCGCCAAUCCGGUCCGAAAGGUGGUCAACUUGUUGCAGAACAUGAAGACCAAGGUCGAGAAAGAAGGGGAGACGGAGAAGGAGUUGUACGAGAAGUUUCAGUGCUACUGCAAGAAGAACAUUGGUGAAAUGGAAGAGAGCCUGAAAGUCAAUGAAGCAAAACUUCCGCCUCUACGGAAGAACCUCGUAGCAACUGAAGAAGAGCUGAACAAGGUCACCGCGCAAAUCCAAACGGCCAAGACGGAACGUCAAGAGGCGGAGGAUGGUGUGGCGCAGGCCGCCGCCCUGCGGCGGGGUGAAGCUGAGAGCUUUCAGAAGACCUCCGAAGAGCAGACAAAUGCAAUCGAAUCCAUCGAGCAAGCCAUUGCAGCGUUGACCAAGGGCAUGGCUGAGUCCUUUUUGCAGACGGACGCUGCUGAGUCCCUCCGGAGGUUUGCCUUUGACAAGGAUGGGCUAGAGGAGAUGGAACGCCAGGACCUUUUAGCUUUUCUGCAGCACGGUAGUGACUACGUGCCGCAAAGUGGCCAGAUCUUGGGGAUGCUGAAGCACAUGGGCUCCGACACACGGGAGGCCCUGGCAGAGGCCCAAGCCACCGAGGCCAAGGCGGUGCAGGAGUUCAAAGAGCUCUCAGCUGCAAAGAGCAAGGAGAUCAAGGCGUUGACCACAACCAUCGAAGAGAAGGUCGAAGAUCAGGGGGAGCUCAAAGUGGCGCUGGUGCGGUGGAAGUCGGACCUGGCGGACACCGAGGCGGCCCGCGAGGAGGAUCAGAAGGUCUUGCUGAGUCUCCAUUCCAGCUGCGACAAGAAGGCCUCUGCUUGGGAAGCGAGGGUGAAGACACGGGCUGAGGAGCUGCUGGCCAUCGACGAGACAGUAAAGGUCUUGGAUAGCGAUGAUGCCCGGAACAGCUUGAGGAAGGCCCUGCCUGAGACCUCGUUCCUGCAGGUGGACUCCGAGGACCGGAAGGCACGAGCCUUGCAGGGUCUGCUGCGCCAGGCGCCUGGUUCUGGUGCCGACUUGCUCUUGCUGGCCCUCAAAGGGCAAAAGAUUGGGUUUGACAAGGUGGUUCAGAUGAUUGACUCCAUGAAGGUCACCAUGAAGAAAGAGCAGGAGAACGAGAAAAAGAAGAAGGAGUACUGCAAGCAGCAGUUCACAGGUUCGGAUGACAAGAAGAGGGGCCUGCUGCUCCAAGUCUCGAACAAGGAGACCAAGAUGGAGAGCGCCAAAGAUGUGCUCAAGGUCAUGGAGUCCGAGAUCCAGGAGCUCAACGAGGGCCUCCAACGCUUAGACAAGGAUGUGGCGGACGCCACGGAGCAACGGAAGAAGGAGCACCAAGAGUUCCUGGAGAUGGAGAAGACCAGCGGCGAGGCGGCACAGCUCCUGCAAGUGGCCAAGAAGCGGCUAAAACAGUUUUAUGCGAAGCCGCCUUCAUUGGUCGAGGUGUCGGAGCUGGUGUCGGUGCCCGGGCAGGCGCCUGAGACCUUCGACGACUAUCACAAAGCCGACGAGGCUGCCGGGGUCUUUGUGCUUUUGGAUGCCCUCAUCCGUGACAUUGAACAUCAGAUGUCCCAGGCUGAGACGGAAGAGCAGGAGGAUCAAAAAGGAUAUGAAAAGAUCAUGCAGGACAGAAGCAAGAAGCGUGAGAGUGAUUCGCAAAGCGUCGCCAAGAAGACUGCACGGAAGGCCGAUGUCUCCUCUGACCUGCAAGUCUUGAAGGAGGGCAAGGCCAAUGUGAAGAAGGAGCUCAGUGCAACUGAGGACUACAUCAAGAACCUCCACGACGAAUGCGACUGGCUCCUCUCGAACUUCCAGGCCCGCUCCGAGGCACGUGAAGAGGAGGUGGAGUCCCUGGACCGAGCCAAAGCAGUGCUCCAAGGGGCCGAAUUCUCCUUUCUGCAGGCGCGCACGUUGACAGCCGCGUCGCCUGGCGUUUCGGAAGGAGGUGAAGGCGCGGGUGAAGACAUGGCAGAUGUGAUGAGAGUUGCCGAAUUCCUGUCCAUUGCCAGCAUCGUCCCUUUAGAGGACGGGUGGGAAAAGAUCAAGAAUGAAGGCAUCAAGGUUCUGGAAGAGUUCCUGGACACUGGACACAUUAGAUCAGCAGUGCCUCAGAACCAAGAUCCCACGAAGCCUCGCAUCUUCAGCAAAGCCAACUAUGCGGAGCUCUACACGACCGUCUACAACAUGUGCACCCAGCGGACUCCCAACAAUUGGUCCGAACAUCUCUAUCGGCGUUAUGGGGAAGCGAUGUCUGACUACGUGCAGCGUCAGGUGCUACCAGCUUUGAAGGAUAAGACAGAGAUUGCCUUGAUGAAGGAGCUCCUCCAUAGGUGGUCGAACCACAAGAUCUACGUCAAAUGGAUGGAUCGAUUCUUCACUUACUUGGAUAGGUACUAUGUCAAGCUGCAGUCCGUGGAGCCAUUGCACAACCGGGGCUACAGCAUUUUCAACCAGCAAGUGUUCACACAGGUCAUGAAAGAUACUCGGGCAGCCUUGCUGAAGAUUAUCAAUCAGGAGCGACAAGGCGAGCAUAUCGACCAGGACUUGGUAAAAGGCGUCAUCGAGAUCUUCAUUGACCUUGGCCUGAACAGCCCAAACCUGUACAACACCGAAUUCGAGGAAGCUUUCCUGCCCGCCACUAGCAGCUACUUCGUCCGGCAAGCCUCAGGCUGGCUUUCAGAAGACUCGUUCCCUGAGUAUCUGCGCAAAGCAGAGGCGGCGUUGCAAGCGGAAGAGCAAAGAUGUUGCAACUAUCUCAGCAGGACGACUCUUCCGAAAUUGAAAAACGUGGUGAUCCAAGCGGUGUUGGCCGCGCCGCAGGGGCAGCUCUUGGAAAAAGAGACCGGCGUGGUGUACCUUUUGGACAAUGACAAGCGAGAGGAUUUGGCACGAAUGCAUCGGAUGUUCUCCUUGGUGGAAGAUGGCCUAGCCCCCAUCGCCCAGUCCUUCCGACAGUAUGUGACCGAUAGGGGGAAUCAGAUUGUGGAUGAGCGCGUGGAACAGCAGAAACAGGUGAGCUCGAAGACUGAGGCCUUGAACGACCCAGCCUUCAUCCAGACGUUGCUGGAGCUCCACGACCGCUUCAAAGGCAUCGUGAACGAGUGCUUCUCUCAGGAUUCGCGCUUUCAGAAGUCUCUUAAAGAAGCCUUUGAAGUCUUCGUGAACCGGGACAUCGGGAAGUACUCCUUCGCGGCCUUGAUGUCCUCCUUUUGUGACCGGAUCCUCAAGAAGUCAGGCGAACGCUUAUCCGAUGAGCAGGUGGAGAAUUUGCUCACAAAGAUGGUGGAGCUCUUCUCCUUCCUCAGUGACAAGGAUCUCUUCGCCGAGAUCUAUAGGAAUCAGCUCUCGAAGCGCCUUCUGUACGAGACCUCUGCCUCGGAAGAUGCGGAGAAGAGCAUGAUCGCCAAGCUGAAGAUGAAGUGUGGGGCGCAAUUCACCUCCAAGCUUGAAGGGAUGUUGACCGACUUGUCGUUAGCUCUCGACACCCAGAAGGACUUCAAGGAUCAUUGUGAACAGCUUCCGGAGGGCAAGGGUGCCUUGGGGAACAUCGACUUCAACGUGACGGUGCUCACCACAGGCUUCUGGCCAUCCUACCAGGUGCAAGAAGCCAGCCUCUGCCCGGAGAUGCAGAAGGCCAUCCAGGUCUUCAGCAACUACUACAACGGGAAGACGCAGCAUCGGCGGCUUCAAUGGAUCCAUCACCUGGGCCAGGCGACCAUCGCGGCCAAGCUCAAUGGUCGAAGGCACGACCUCAUCGUGAACUCAUACCAGGCCUUGAUCCUCCUGCUCUUCACUCGGGAUGAGGCUCAUGACCUGACCUUCAUCCAGAAUUCGACGGGCUUGGAGCCGAGCAUGUGCAAGAAGCUUUUGGCAACUCUGUCGAUCGCGAAGUUUAAGAUCCUCAGCAAGACCGGGGAUGCCAAGACCAUCGAGGAUGAUGCAACCUUCAGUCCAAACGAUGGCUUUGUGUGCCAGCACCGGAAAAUUAAGAUCCCUCCUCCAGUCACGGAGGAGACACACAAUAAGGAACGUGUUGAGGAGGAUCGCUCGAUUGCCAUCGAGGCAGCUAUUGUGAGGAUCAUGAAGAUGAGAAAAACGCUGAACCACCAGCAGCUGGUCACAGAGGUCCUGACGCAGUUGGCUUUCUUCAAGCCAAAUCCUAAAUUGGUGAAGCAACGAAUUGAACACCUCAUCGAGCGCGAGCUUCGAUAUACCGAUACCUGGCCUAGGAAAGUCGAGGGGGGGAAGCGCGAAGCGCAAGAGAUGGGGAAGCGGCCGACUCCAAUGGUCACUGCUAGGGGCCCAGACCUACGCCGCAUCGGCAACGAAGACGCGGCCUCCAUGAACGCGCAAGGAGUUGCAGAAAAGGCAAGCCGAAUUGAUUUCAUCGAACGCUUGAUUGUUGUCCCGCAACACAUUGGGCACUUCCAUGCCUUGCAUGCGAGCAGCAUGGACUGGGAGGAAGAGGUGUGCUUGUCGCCCGUGGGCCAUGACGUCUUCAAGGUGCGCAUCCGAGAGCUGCCGAUGGCGGACGGUGUCCAUGCCUCGACAGGAUGUCAACUUUGGUCCUCCAGUAUCGUCUUGGCACGGCAUCUCAUGGCCAGGCCUGAGCUGGUCGAGCAGAAGAAGGUCUUGGAGGUGGGUGCAGGCUGUGGCCUACUGGGUAUCGCAGUGGCACGUUUGGCGAGUUCAACCCUCAUCACCGACGGAGACGAGGAGGUGGUGAGGAAUCUCGCGCGGAACAUCGACCUCAACCGGUCCUUGUGGAGCUCUCAGGGAGAGGAUCACCUCACAAACGUGGCUUCCCGUGUCUUGCGCUGGGAGGAGCUCCUGGAAGAUCCGUGGCCUCGAGAGGAUCACGUCGAGGUCAUCGUUUGCUCCGACGUGAUCUACGGCAACUGGGGUGACACCGUGGCCGAGGCGCUCUGCAGUGUGCUUGCCCCGGGCGGCUUGGUGGUGCUCGCCGCGUCGGAGGACCGGCGCGGUGGCGUCAAAGGCUUUCAGGAGCACAUGGAGCAGAAAGGCUUCGGAAUCCUCGAAACGAAGCUGAGGCUUCGCCCCUUGGGCAAUUUCCGCAUCUACCAUUGCCAAAAAGAUCUGAAAACGUCCCUUUUGGAGUGCGAAGAGAGCUUGGAGCCUGGCUGCGUCUCAUCAAAGCAUGACCCGCUUCUGGAUGACGUGCCACCCACGGAGGCGAAGACUUCACCUCCGCAGACACGUUCCAAGACUUGGCGCGUGGUGGGAGGUCAAAGGCACGGAGGCAUCAUCGUCCGCCGCGCCUCCAUCGGCGUGGCGAAGGAGGACUACCAGGGACGACUGAAGCACGGUGCGCUCGUGCAAGAGCUUCAAAGAACCAAAGACAGGAACAAGCAAUAUGAACGCUACAAAGCAGCCCCCGGCGAGAUGGGUUAUGCUGGGACGCUGGAGGAGUGUGAGAACCGCUCACUUGCAGAGCCCCAGAGCCCAGGCUUUGCAUUUUCCACCAGUAAUGACUGCAUAGUCUACAUGAACCAGGGGCAAUCACCCUCCAGUUUCCAGGUCCCAAUCACGGGCAUUGUCACCAACAACUUCUUCGGCACCGGCGAGGUGAAGCAGGCCUCCGGACACACCGACAUGACCUGCUACAAGAAGCUGCCAACUACAACGACCAGCACCAGUACUGAGUCGACAACCCCAGGAUCCACCACGACCUCAAGAAGCACAACAUCUACCACCGCCACCACCACCCAAGGAGCCACCUCCGACAGAUACAGCACCCAAUCGGAUUCCUUCUGCUCGAACGCGCUGGAUCCGACGGACCCUUCGAUCAUGCAGAGAUUUCCGUCCGUGGAGCAAUGCUGGGACUUCUGCGGACAGCAAGCAACCUGCGUCGCCUGCUUCCAGCCCUGCACCGAUGGGACCCAAGGCGGCUGCGCCAGCCCUGCAAGCUGCGAUUUCAUUGCGGUGUCACUCUGCUCCACACGCGUCUCUGCUGGCUGCGGUGCACUGAUCUGGAGAAAACUCGCGACCUCCGGGGAUUCGAUGCUGGCGCUACGAAUUGUGCUGAUCAUCCUGGGAGUGAUCGUUUUGCUAGGCCUUAUUGGUGCGUACUGUUGGUGGCGGCGCCGACAACGGCGCACGGCGACGGGCACGGCACCGCUGACCUCUUCGAAAGAGACGCGAGUGACGAAGCCAGAUCCAGCCACUGUGGGCGCUAGUUCUCCCAGCAAGGCACCAAAGACGAUCUCCGCGCAGAACGAGGAGGGCGAAGCGAUGUCUGAGGCCUUUCGCAAGACGAUCCCCACGUACUGGGGACACAGCUCGGAGAGCACCGACUUCAACGCCAUGUUAUAUGUCACUGAGGAGAAACACAAGAUCUUCGAGCAACUGCUUGGGGAGACCUACAAAGCGCGGACCACACAAGACAGGCCAUGCCCCAAUGGCACCUGCGUCAAGACCCCUGGUGGAUGUGCCUGCGUUCAACCGGAGGGCGACCCAGGUUUGCCAGCCAGCUAUGUGAUCCGCCGGGUCAUUCGGGUGGAAGAUUCCAGGAUGUGGCGUCGCUACACUGCCAAGCGUGACAAGCUGCGUGAGCGGCAUGCAGAGGCCAUUCCGGAGCCCCCAGUGGAGACUGCAGGACUGGUGGGCGAACAUCCCGGCGUCUUCACGCCGGUCGAUGCACAAGCAAACGAGUUCUAUCUGUGGCAUGGAACUCAUAUCAGAGCUGCGCUGUCCAUUGCGCACGAGGACUUCCGGAUCGAUUUGGCAGGAUCGAACGCUGGCACCAUGUACGGCAAAGGCUGCUAUUUAGCAGAGAAUUGCACCAAAGCUGAUGAGUACGCCAGGGAUGAGCCUCAUGGCUAUUAUGAAGGCGUUUUCGCACUGCUUCUUUGCCGUGUGUGCAUGGGGAAGUACUUGUACACGACCGAGCGGUACGAGGAAGCAGGUCGCAAGGUCCAAUCGGGUGAGUUCGACAGCACGGUGGGCGACAGGACCAAGAAGGCCAACACCUUCAGAGAGUUCGUGGUUUACAACCCCGACCAGGUCUAUCCGGAGUACGUCAUCCUGUACUCCCGCCAGCCUCGGGCGGAGGCUUUGGAGAGCUUCUGCUUUCGCUUGUCAAAGCUCCAUGCAGAGCUCCCGGUCUACUGGCAGCACUGUCAUGUGAAUCCCACCAUCGACCGCUUCGAGGCGCAGUACCUCGUCCGUGCGACCUCGCGGCGUUUGCUGGAAGACCUGGCGAAUGCUUGCCACUGUGCUGGGAAGAAGGUCCUCGCCGCUCGGCGGAUCGAAGUGUCCAACAUGUGGAACCGCUACGUGCGCUUCAAGCUGAGGCUGAAGGAGGAGCUGGCGGCCUCCGGGUUGCCAGCCUUUGCCUCUGCACAGCUCUUGGAAGGGAAGAUGGACCGGGGAGAGAUCCUGACCUACACCUACCUGAAAAACCUUUAUGGACAAGGUGUGCAGACCACAAUCUCCGUGGACGGUCUGGAGGAUGUCAUUCAGGAGCACCUACUCUGGCAUGGGACCUCCAGAGAAUCGGCGGAGGCGAUUGUCAGAGCAGACUUUAGAAUUCCUCAGGAUGCCAAACACGGCUUUCGCUUUGGAAGCGGCUUGUACUUUGCAGAGGAUCUGAGCAAAAGUCUGAGCUAUGCACCACUGGAGCUUGGCUCUGAUGGCCGACGAUCCUCUCAGUUUGUGCUUCUUUGUCGUGUGCUGUGCGGACAGAUGCACUACACGGAGCAAAUGACCGAUAGCAAUGCCACUGCGCAAGCCAAGCAGGUGGGAAAGCACGCGGUGCUGGCGAACCCCUCGUCCAAAGGACCACGGGAGUUCAUUGUGCUAAGUGAAAUGCAGGCCACCGAGCCCACCUUCAUGAAGACCAUCGGGAUGAUCACCGGGAUUAGCUAUGUCUCCGGCAUCGACUACUACCGAGGCAUCAACGAGCGCGUCGCUCGGCUACUACCUGGCAAGAUCAUGCCUCACAACUCAGAGAUGGUCAUUGUUUCGGUGGACUGUGAUGAAUAUGUCAGGCUCUUGAAGGAAGAAGACACGGAGGGCGUUCAGGAGUAUCUUCUGCGUGCUGCAUGGAAGCUAGAUCGGGUGAUGGUGGACUUUAUCAUUAUCGCCUCCAACACCGCUCAUAUUUGCUAUAGCCCCAUGCGUGCGCGGUUUCCGGACCGCCCGGUGCUGCACAUCGCAGACUGCGUGGCGAAGGCGUUGCCUCCUGGGAAGCGCGUGGGUUUGCUGGGCACGGAGCCCACCAUGCGCGACGGCUCCUGGUUGAAGGAGCGCUUAGCACUUCAUGGGGUCCAGGUCCUUGUGCCGCAGAAGGAUGAGGAUCGGCAGCGCUGCUAUCAGAUCAUUUGUGAUGAGCUGAGCUUCGAGAUCUUCAAGGAGGAGUCCCGCAGUUUCUUCGCCGACCUCGCAAGACAGCUUUACAGCGAAGGUGCAGAUGGCGGUGUGAUCCUGGGAUGUACUGAGAUCGAGCUCCUCCUGCGGCAGAGUGACGUGCCCGAGGUGCCACUCUACCGCUCGGCGGAGCUGCAUAUGGAGGCAGCGGCUCUGGUGCAAGCGGGGCAGGCGAACUUGGAGGAUUACUUGCCAGGUGUGGGCUCAGAAUUCCCUUUCGAUGUUCCUGCCCUGACGGAGGCACAGCGCGUGGUCUUCGCCCUGCGCGGGAACAAGCGCUUCGGCAAUCGCAGCUGGCGAGAUCUCGAGGAGUCCUCACCUUUGCGACAGCUUUGUGCAUGGCGGCUCUAUGGACAUGGCCCGAACGAGCUGCUGGAGCCCCUGCUGCGGGUGAUCCGUUCGGCGGACUUCGCUGGACCUGCGACCUUCGUCGCUUUGGAGGCGACCCAACACAUUGUGGUGGCGCUCUGUGAAGAGCAAAGGAAUCAAACUGCAGAACAGCUGAGGCAUCUGGCCAGCACCUUAGCAGAGGUUUGCCGAGCUGCCUGUGACUGCGUCUUUGAGGAGACCAACGCACAGACCGACGAGGCCACCGCUGCCCAGAUGAUUGCCCUGGUAGGUCUUUGCUGUUCUGCUGCGCCGGAUAUGCCUGCGGAGGCUCAAGGUGAUGCCUUCUCCCAGCAGGACCGUGUGCGAGCCUUCACGCAGGUGUUGAAGUAUUGGGGCCACUAUCGCCAGUCCCACACCUUGCGAGCGUCUGCGCAGGCCACACUCCAGCGAAUGUUGGACUUCGCCUUGGUGGAUCUCACCUCGCCGGCACGUGCGGACUUUCUCCGGGCGAUCUUAGGCAUGAUGGCUUCAGACGCUGAGCCUGGAAUGCCCAUUGAGCGUGCAUUGCUGUAUUUGCGAUGCAUCCAGAGACUAGUGAUGCACCCUACCAGUCGGCGUUGGGCCAUGUCCGAGCAGGGGAAAUUCAUGCAGAACGACAUCCCACUGCUCUUGCUUAGUUUUUGCAAGCUUUUCCCUGGAAGCUCGCCGUUGCUAACCUUACUGCUGCCGGUGGUGAAUCGCAUCAUGUGGCUCUGCGUGGACUUCUGGGCCGACCAGGAGGGCGAAGGAUGUGGCCUUCUAGGAGCUUUGCAGGUGGAUGGUUUGCUCUCGGGCGUUUACAUUCGCAGCCUUGAACUGGCCAUUGCUCCCCUGCUCGGUCGGGCCGAAGCGGCCACAAGCCUCACCGUGACCCCGGAGGAGGCGGUGCAUUUGGUCGAGCUACUCCUCGAGUCGCUCUAUGACUUGCUGGAGCCCAGCCUGGUGCAAACAAUUUGGUUCUCCUUCGAUGGGGAUUGGCGGCGUCCACCUCUCCUGGAGCAGAUGGCGGGGAAAGCCGUGCAGCUGGUGACCGAGAGGCCACCCAGCAGUGAAAGACCCUUGCCCGCACAUUUGAUGCAGCUUUGCUCAGCGGUCUUGACCCGCAUUGUUCGUGCCUUUGAGGACCUCCAUGAAGGUGACAAGAUGGCCACAGCGGAGUUGGAGCGAGUGCAGAAACAGUGGCAGCUACGACGAGAGUUGUGGGAGCUGAUGAACAAGAUCGAGGAAAGCCCCAAGAAGGCCCGGGCAGCUCUCGAGAAGUCUCCGCUCUUCGAGGUGGUCCCAGUGCCCCCAGGUGCUUCUGGGGAAGCCAGUGAAGAAUGGGUGUUUAAACUCAUUUGGCUCUUCCGUGCCGUUCACUUUGUCGUGCCCUACAGUGCAGUUGGGGAGUUCUUCGGCCAGCCGAAGGAGGACAGCGAAAAGGCCGUGAUGACCUUCUCGGAGACCUUUGACUGGGGUGCGGCGGAUAUCGAGAAGGCCUUGCGGAGCUUCCUGGAGGCCUUCUUGCUCCCCAAGGAGGCUCAGCAGAUCGACCGGAUCCUAAGGACCUUUGCGCACGCCUACUAUCACAAGCACGUGGAACACUGCCGAAGCUCAGGGAAGGAGGGUGCUGGAUACCUGAAGCAUCCGGAUGCCGCCUACACCUUCGCCUUCAGUGUGAUCCUGUUGAACUCAGAUCAGCACAACCCGAAGUUGAAGAAGCGGAUGAGUCUCAAG